UACCCCAAACAAAACUCCCACUCUUUCUCUCCCACUCAUUUCUUAUCCCCAUCAAUGGCCACCACCUCUCUCCACUCCAUCCGCCUCCCACAACUCCAUCGCCGCCACCGCAUCCGCCACCACUUCCCCUCUUCCUCCAUCAACCUCACUCUCUCCUCCUCCACCACCACCUCAUCCCCUAUCCUCACUUUCGACUCCCUUGCCAACCACCUCGCUGCCUCUGACUUCCGCCAGGCCGAUGAGGAGACUCGUCGUCUCCUCAUCGCCUUGGCGGGCGAAGCUGCCCAGAAGCGCGGAUAUGUUUUCUUCUCUGAAGUGCAAUUCAUCGCCGCCGAUGACCUCCAAGCCAUUGAUGAUCUAUGGAGCCGCCACAGCGAAGGGCGUUUCGGAUAUAGCGUGCAACGAAGGUUGUGGGAGAAAUCACGACGCGAUUUCACCAAAUUCUUCAUCAACAUAGGGUGGAUGCGCCGAAUGGAGACCGAGGUGGAGCAAUUCAUCUAUAAGUCUUUCCCUGGGGAGUUCAUUUGGGAGCUCGGCGAUGAGACACCGGAGGGACAUUUACCGCUCACGAAUGCGCUCCGAGGGACGCAGUUGCUUGGGAGCAUUCUCACUCAUCCGGCAUUCGAGAUAGAGGAGGUGGUGGAGGGAGAGGAGGAGGAGGAGGAGGAGGAGGAGAAUGGUGAGAAGGACAAGGAGAGGGGAAAGGCUUUGAGUAGUAGUAGGAGGUUGAAGCCUGAUUACUCCUUUUGAAUUUUAGGGGAUUUUACUUUUGAUGUAUGAUAAUUUGAAUGUUUAAGAGAGAUUCAGCUUCUUCAGAAUACAAAAGCUGUUUGCUAAGGAAAGAAGGUGAAGAACCAAAAGAGUCAGAUCAACUGAAUUUGGAUAGCUAUAGUUUGAUAUUUUAUAUUUUUCUUUUAAUAAUUUGGUUUAUGAAAGUUUUCUCUUACUCACUUUGAUGUUUGGUUCAUUAUUGGCUGUUUUAUGUUGCUUUCUGUAACCUAAUAACCAAUACUUUAUAAUUAAUGGUGCUACUUUGUUGUUUU